AUAGAGGUUUCAUGGAUUUUUGGUGAUACAUUAUACGACAAGAGUUGUGGGCUGCAGUGAGACCAUUGGACUCUCUCAAGUUUGAAAAACAAGAUCAUCGUUCAAAGGAGAUGAUCGGUCGUUAUGUUAGAAUUAAUCCAUGCCUAAUUAAAAAUUUUACAAGUCUUAUUUUGCUACCCUGAUUACAUAUCUGAGAUACAAUGAUUACGUUAACAAAUGUAUUUUAUAAUCUUCAAUCUUUUAUCUCCAUUACUCAAAUAGCGGAUGUUUUAUUGAAAAGACAUAACAAUAUUAAUGGCUAUCGAUCAGUGUCAUAAUAAAAGUCAGAACAGGAAUCAAUUUGUAGAUGGAUAAGAUAUCGGGAAUGAAAAGAGAUGAGAUUAAUACAAAAGGGUAUUUAUCGAAGAGUCUGAAAACAGAUUAAAAACCCAAAUAAGUCGCCGCUGAUCAUUUCAGUUAUUUGCUUGUUACUGCCCUGUUGAAGAACGUAUUUCGAACUGACGUCAUCAUGGAUAGUGUGUGUCUGUGGAGUUUUUUAACAAUUGGAUGGCUUCUCGGAACAGUUUACGGCAAUGAUUGUGUGGGGCGUAAAUUCGAUGAAGAUAGUAUUGUUUGUGUCUGCAAUGCAACUUAUUGUGACUCAGUCCUAGUUCAAGUGCCGGGAAAAGGAUCAUUUCGUAGCUACACAUCAUCGGUUGCCGGAUGGAGAUUGUACAGGGAGGAGGGUGUCUUCAGAUCGGCAAUGAAUAAUGAAAUAGUUCUGCGACUGGAUCCAACGAAAAGGUAUCAAACGAUACAUGGUUUUGGUGGAGCAUUCACGGAUGCAGCUGGCUUCAAUAUCAAUUCCUUGAGCGAGAGGACUCAGCAGCAAUUGAUACGGACGUACUUUGGACGCGAUGGCAAUCGAUAUAACCUUGGUCGAUUGCCUAUCGGAGGUUCGGAUUUCUCCAUGCGGGGUUACACCUUGGACGAUGUGCCCGGUGAUAUUACACUCUCCAAUUUCUCACUAGCACUGGAGGACAUGAAAUACAAAAUACCCUAUAUGAAAAGAGCAUUGGAAUUGAAUCCAAACUUGAAAUUCUUUGCUGCAUGUUGGACAGCGCCACCCUGGAUGAAGGUGAAUAAUCAAUAUUCUGGAUUAUUUGGAAAUCUCAAACUGGAGUAUUAUCAGACGUUUGCGAACUAUUUAAUAAAAUUUUUAGAAAGCUAUAAACAAUUGGGACUACCCAUGUGGGCGAUGAGUCUCGGCAAUGAGCCAGUCGAUGGUUUCGUACCUUUUGUCCCAAUAAAUGAUAUGCCCUUUGGCCCCCGUGCACAAGCUAAAUGGUUAGUCAAUAAUUUAGGACCAGCGCUCGCACAAUCAACCUCUUGGGAGACCCUACUUCUAGCCCUUGAUGAUCAAAGGAUACUACUACCCUGGUGGAUUGAUAUUAUGUAUCAAACUGCUGAUGUUGGAAAAUAUUUUUCUGGAAUUGCCAUCCACUGGUAUGCAGAUGCUGUCGCUCCUGCAACUCUUCUUGAUAUGACUCACCAGAAAUAUCCAGAUAAAUUUAUUUUAAAUACCGAGGCGUCUUAUGUUCCAUAUCCAUGGGAUCCUGUACCCGUUCGUUUGGGUAACUGGCAUCGAGCUGAACGUUACAUCCACGAUAUCAUUGAGGAUAUGAAUCACUGGGUAACAGGCUGGGUAGAUUGGAAUUUGGCCUUGGAUGUGUCGGGCGGGCCAAAUUGGGAGUUUAAUCCUGUUGAUUCGCCCAUAAUCGUCAGUCCUCAAACUGAUGAGUUCUUCAAACAACCCCUGUUCUAUUCAAUUGCUCAUUUUAGUAAAUUUGUGCCACCCGGAUCAGCCAGGAUAGGUCUGACGUCUCACUGUGACAUCAGAUCGGUAGCAUUCUCGACACCUGAUAACGAAAUUGUCAUCGUUCUUCAUAACCGGGAGAAAAAGAGCAAAAACAUCACCGUCGUAGAUCCCGAGCAGGGGGAAGUGAACGUUCAGAUGCCCCCGAGAUCCAUGAAAACAAUUAUUUACAAGCAGUAAUGAAAUGCAGAUAUGAAAUGACUAUCUUAAGUAUUUCUUCAUCAUUUGCAUCAGUCACUCAAUGUGAUAAAGAUCGAUCGAAGGCGGAAAAGGCGCGUUCGACACCACAGCUUGACAAAUUAUACCCGGCAGAGCAAAAAUUGGAAGUGAAGAAUAAAUAAAUCAAUUAAAUUUCUAUGAAUGGAGCGGAAUAAGGUUUAACAGUACUUGCGUAUAAGGAAAUAAAUGACUAAAUUUCACGAAGAGCUAUCGCGCACAAUCGAAGAUCGAAGUUUGGAGAAGCUGUCACAACAUACACAACACACACGCAUGCAUUUUCAGAUAUUUUAGCUCCUAAAAAACGAUGAAUUCAAGUGACGAGUGAAUGAUUAAAUUUGAACAAUGCUAUCAUUUGAAAACAAAAAUUAUGAUACUUGCAUGCAAAUUAUUUGUAUUAAUAAUGGAGAUAUAAAAUGUCACAAUGUGGAUCUCACGAUA